GUUUUACCUAAGUGUUGCCACUUUACACCAUACCACAUAACCUGCUCCAUAUAUCAUUCCUAUCUGCUGUCGUCUCUCUCACCGACCAAGCAAAGAAUCAAAGAUAUUCAUGGAGUAUUUUCAAAGACUCGCUAUUCUCGCUCUCAUCCUCCUUUCAAUCUUCUGCAUCAACCACACAGUCAAGUGCGAUGAUGAAGAAGACAAUCUAUUUUCCGCCAUUAACAGCUACCGUGCAACCCUAAACCUAACAACCCUAACACAAAACGACCGAGCAAAAUGCCUUGCUGAAAAAAUGGCCGACCAAUUCAAAAACCAACCAUGCACAAACACUACAGGUUCCAACACAGUUCCAGGCACAGAACCAGAGUUCUCAAGUUACCCUGAUUUUCUAAACAAAUGUCAUUUAAAUGUCAGCACCACAAGAGAUGGAUCUGUUCUUCCUGCUUGUGUUCCUAAUCUUGAUGCAGGCCUUGUAAUCUCUAAUUACACUCAAUCCCAAUAUUCUGGGUUUUUGAAUGACACCAAGUAUUCAGGGAUUGGGAUUGGUUCUGAAGAUAAUUGGAUUGUUGUGGUGUUGACUACAAACACACCUGAAGAGAUCACAUAUUCAUCGUUAGGUUACAUUUCAGAGGUGACAUAUUCAUCAUCAGAUAUUAUUGGACACAUUUUUGAGUAUGGGCAUAUGGAUACCUCAGAACAAGAUAAAUCAAAACACAAGAUGCUCUUGCAUCUUCAAGAUAUAGAGGAUACUAAGCUUAAGAUAACUUUGUGGGGUCAUAAUGCAUACUACAUGCAUGAUUUUCUUGCUAACAAUAACAGUCUUGUUUCAGUUGUUGUUAUUGUUCAAUUUGCCAGGGUCGUCCUUUUUCAUCCACCUACUUUGAUGUUAGUAGGGUUUUCAUAA